CUGGCCCCGACAUAUCUGAUGCAGUCCACUUGGCUGGAUGAAACAAUUAAUGCUGUGGUUGCUGGGCUCAACAGAGCUGUAUACAUACGGGACUUAACACCUCGUUUAGCAUCUAGCCGUAAACGCAAGACUGGAAAGCACAAAAAGGUGAAAAGUAGGAAGACAUCUGCUAAAAAUGGUAAAGUGUCUAGCACGGGAGUCAAGAGGAGGAAACGAAAAGUAAGGAGGAAUAAAUCUAGGAGAAGGAUGAUGAUGAAGAAGGUUGCCACUCCACGAAGCCGUAUUGCUAAUAGUCUUGGAAUUGUAAAGGACAAGAAGAGCUCGUCGCUUCCAACAGUUUAUAGGCCAUCAGAGCACACACUAAGCAAUAUGCGUGUUGACAUAGGAGCUGCAUCCCUCUCUAUCUAUGGAGACCCAUUUGAUUUGGAUCCAUUUGUGGAUCGGCUACAAACGUUACGUUUGAUUUAUAUCCGUAAAUACUUCACAAAUCUUAUUGAAGGUUUGCUAUGCUAUACCAGGAGGGGUAUGGAUGUCCACCCAUCAGGAGGUGUUGUGGAGGCAGCUCCUGUGCCUGAUCUGCUGGGCAGCAUCCUAUCAGGACAGAGCAUGCUCUUGAUGGACAGUUCUGAUGUCGUCAUUAAUCGAGAUGGUUCGCUUAAAGCUACCAAACCAAUGAUGCCAUCUCCAUUAAUACCUGGCAGUAGACAAAGCAGUAGCUCUGGAGAUGCAAACAGCCCAGGGAUGUCAGCAGGUCUAGGAGACACUUCUGUGUCUGUGAACUACAACAGAGAUCAACCAGGGCCCUCCUGCGCCUCUGUGAGCACACCAUUGUCCCAGAGCUCAACUCGGUUACCUCCUUUAGCAGCUUCUUCAACUAGCCACACACAAACACCUCUCCAUUCUGAUCUCAGAGGGCAUCCAGGUUUGCAUCCACCUCGUCCAAACAGACCCACACCCUCUAAUCACCGGGUAAGCAAUGGAUUUGGAGUCUCUAGGGAAGGCUUGUCAUCUGUCUGUCCAACUGCAGAGUCAAGCUCCAAAAGCAAGGGAAUGAUCCCAUCACAAAGCCAACCUAAAAAGGCAUCUACAAAACCCAUGUGGGUAGAUGUGUCAGAACUUCCUAGAAUACCAAAACUAAAAAGGGAAAGUAGUGGCAUGACAAAUGAUGGCACUAGUCAAGAUGGCAGUCAUGAAGUUAGUAGCAGCAGGGGUCAGGGUAGGAGAUCCACCCCUAAUAGCAAUGGUUAUGGCAUGCCUGAAACGGGCAUGAAUAAUCUUUCUGGGGACAAAGGAAGGCAGCAAAGUGUAGACCGGCAAAGGGGCCAGGCUGACGGUCAGGCCCCAAGGCACAGGCCUGAUGGAGGUAGCUCAUCUUCAGCUUUCUCUAAUUCAUUCUCUUCAUCCUCGUCCGCUGGGUGUCCUGCCGGCCAGCCACGAUAUGCCUCCUCCUCAUCGUCAUCAUCGUCAUCAUCAUCAUCAUCAUCAGUGAGCUUCCGCAUCAACUCUAGUGGGAACCCAUGGCAAUCAAGGCGGCUAGGCAUUGCAUCAUCCUCUUCUAGUGUAGGCACCUUCCAGGAACACUGGAGGAAAAAGGAUGAUGAAGCUAAAAAAAGACAAUUGGACAGGGAUAAACAAAUGCUUUUGGCAUCACGUAGUCUGGGUAGUAAGGAGCAAGAUAAUAUAUAUGAUCCCUUUAAUCCUACUCUGUCAGAUUCAAGCAGCUCAGGUGACGAAACGGAGGGCACAAGCCCAGAUGGCACUUCUCAGUAUGUAACAUUUGACAGGAAGCCUCCUAGUCUAAGUAACAAUGAGACUAUAAUGCAAAACGAGCAGGACCUGGUACAGGUGAAGACUGAAACAUCAGAGAUUGAGGUCACACAGGAAGGACCAGGGAUAGCUCAGGAAACCACAUCUGGGGCCAGACGGUCAAAGUCCCAGUCCAAUUCACGUUCCAGGUCCAGAACCCGAUCUAGAUCAAAGGACCGUAAGCACGGUCGGUCAAAAUCCCGGUCCAGAUCCAGGGAGAGGAGGAGAGAACACAGCAAACAUUUGUCUCUCUCUUCAAGAGACAAGGUGGAGUCACGAUCUAAAGAGAAGAGGAGAAACGGGUCUAGAUCCAGUUCAAGAGAGAAAAGGAAAGAAGAAAGAUCAUCCAAAAGCUCACACCAGACUUCUCUUUCAUCCUCCAAAGACGCAAAGAGGUUUCAAGACAAGAAAAAAGAGAAAGAUGUUUCUCAAAGCUACAGUAAAGAUGAAAAAGUUGAAGCCAAUCUGAAUAAAAAGGAGGGUCCAUCCUGUUCUUUCACCUCUAAAGUAAAAAAGCCGGACAAAGUCCUCAGUGCAGAGAGCCAGUUCAAAACUACAGAAAGUACAAAAGAAGCAAAGGAUAGAAAAGAAAUUAAGAAAGAAAAACAGGCAUCGGUUGGCAUGUUUGAAGAUAAUCCUAUUAGGAUAUCGAUUAAGAAAGAGGAACCAGAUACUUGUUCUUUGGCAGUAAGCAAAGAGGAUAUCGAAGUCCCCAUUAAGACCGAGACUUGCGAAAUUCCAAUUGUUAAAUCAGAGCCAGUCUGUGUAUCCAGCUUACCCCCCGAUACUUCCUUUUCUACGCUGACCCCGCCUGUUGCAGACGAAAGCCACCAGGACACAGUCUCUGAGACUCAGCCGUUGGCUGUGGCCAAACAUCAAAACACUGAAUUGGCUGUCCCUGUAAAACUGGAAGUUCAGCAGCCUUCAGACUCUGAUGAUGACUUUAAUAUUGAUGUGAUGCUAGACACCUUGGAUUACGUGAAAUCUGAGCACACAGAGAGUAGUGGUGCAGCUGUCAUACAAGAGAAAGAAGUGAUGGCCGGGAAGAAUGAGGUACAGCAGAUAUCAACAAAAGCAGGAGCAAAAACAUCCAAAACACAAGUGAAGCGUGUUACCUGGAAUAUACAGGAGCCUGAGGGUCCGCAACCAGAGAAGUCUGCGAGCAAACUUGCUCUAUAUAAACUGAAGCUAAAGCAGGAAGGGGCUCGCAGACCUUCUUUGACAGUCCAGGCAUCCAAUCAGGUAGGUCUGAGCUACUUGCCACUGCAGUAUUUACCAGAUAUUUUUUUGCAUUAUUUGAAAAAACUGCACAUGCAGGAGAGAGCGAUAGAAGAAGUUAAGCUAGCUAUCAAACCUUUCUACCAAAGGAGAGAUAUCAACAAGGAUGAAUACAAGGAGAUUCUUCGCAAAGCUGUCCAGAAGGUGUGCCACAGCAAGAGUGGAGAAAUCAACCCAGUGAAAGUUGGAAAUCUGGUUAAGGCAUAUGUGGACAAAUAUAAACAUGCUAGGAAACAUAAAAAGGGUGACGAUUUAGGAAAAGCCCCAGACACCCAGGCUGAAGCAGCGAAAACCUCUGACAGUCCAUGAUGAGGCAAGAACUAUAGGCAGGGACAAGUACACCCACACCCACAAUAUUCACUUCAUAUAUUAUGCUAUAUUAUUCUAUGUCCUAGAAUUGGACGUGAUCACACUCUAAACAUACCAAGUGCAAAAGGUCAGCCAACCUUUGCUCACAGUUUCAAGAUGGAACAUUUUCUAUAAUGUUGAGAUUCUUAAUGGUAUUUUGAACACAACCUUUAUUCAUUGAUGACUUGAACAGUACCUACUGGUGUCUCUUGCCAAGAACUAUUCUCCGUUUGUAACACAGCUGAGAAACUUAAUGGGAGACUUUGAGAGUGUGCCUUAAAGAGGCAAAACUCAAAGACCAUCCCAUAGAGGUAAAAACCGGGUAGCUUUCUCCACCGGCAUAUCACUGGUAGGAUACAAUGUGGCGUGGCGUUUGAGUUUUCUAUGUAUUUCUUUCGUUUGUUUGUUUGAGAGGGAAGGGGUAUUUAUCAUAGGCAAAACUCAAUUCGUGAGACGAGAAGCGAGAAAAUAUGAAGAAUAUGCAUAUUUAAGAAAAUUACAUGUUAAGAGAGCACAUGGUUAUGCAAUUUUUGUAGAAAAUUUAUCAUUAGACUUAAAAAUAAUUUUAGGUUUGGUUGUAAAUAUAAUAUAUAGAUUUGAUACAUUCACCUGUAUGUUCCUUUCAUCCGUGUUGCCUGUUGCGAAUGAUUGACAUAAAUUUGUUCUAGUUCAAGUUGACUGUGUUUAAUGUUUUAAAUUUAGCGCUUCUUUUCAUAUUCAUAUUUCUAAUAUCCAUGUCUAAUGAACUCAGUUCAGUUCAGCAUAAUGCAGGUGAAUUUGGAGUGAAUAGUCAUAUUCACUGUUCUCCUUUGCUGUAGCUUCAGCUCCUUUUAAACCCAUAAUUUUUUUAAAAGAACCAGAGAAUAUUAGUUUUUUGUGCCAAAGGAGUAAAAUGAAUACAAAAUCCAUAGGUGAGACUUCAUUUGUUUCAGUAUUAUGUUUUUAGACAAGGGAUACAAUUCCAUAGUAAAUAAUAUAGCUUUUACUCAGGAGUGAGGGCAACACAUUUCUCAGUGGCAAAGGUGGAAAACCCCAGUUAUUUUUGCAAAAAAUGUGGUGCAGAUUUCCACUCUGUUAUCUCUGGUAGUUUGUCGACUGUAAACACUGAUUAAUUAGGUUGCUGGACCUGCCUUGUUCUACUUCCUUGUCAUCAUCUUUAAUUGUGCUGUAUAAAGCCAGGAACUUGGAAUGGAAGAAUUUAACAAAUAGGUGCUCAUGUUAUCUGAAUGUAUGUGUUUUUUUUCUCUAUUUACUUGAUCAGUCCAGGUGUUUCUACAGGGAAACAUCAAAUAAUAAAUCACUGAUGACAAA